AUGGGCGGGGAGGCCCCGGAGCCGGGCCGCCUGACCCGCGCGCUGAGCAUCCUCGACGGCAGCGGCGUCCCGGAGGAGGCGCUGCACCUGGUGCUCGCCCACGUCGACGACCCGCGCGACCGGGAGGCCGCCUCGCUCGCCUGCCGCCGCUGGCACCGCAUCGACGCGCUCACGCGGAAGCACGUCACCGUGCCCUUCUGCUACGCGGUGUCCCCGGCGCGCCUGCUCGCGCGCUUCCCAAGCCUCGAGUCGCUCGCCGUCAAGGGCAAGCCGCGCGCCGCCAUGUUCGGCCUCAUCCCCGACGACUGGGGCGCCUACGCGCAGCCCUGGGUCGCCCACCUCGCCGCCCCGCUCGAGUGCCUCAAGGCGCUCCACCUGCGCCGCAUGGUCGUCACCGACGACGACCUCGACGCCCUCGUCCGCGCCCGCGGCCACAUGCUGCAGGAGCUCAAGCUCGACAAGUGCUCCGGCUUCUCCACCGACGCGCUACGCCUCGUCGCACGCUCCUGCAGCAGAUCACUGAGAACUUUGUUUCUGGAAGAAUGUACAAUUACUGAUAAUGGCACUGAAUGGCUCCAUGACCUUGCUGCCAACAAUCCUGUUCUAGUGACCUUGAACUUCUACUUGACUUACCUCACAGUGGUGCCAGCUGACCUCGAGCUUCUGGCCAGGAAUUGCAAGUCACUAAUUUCACUGAAGAUUAGCGACUGUGACCUUUCAGAUUUAAUUGGAUUUUUCCAAAUAGCUACAUCAUUGGAAGAAUUUGCUGGAGCGGAAAUAAGUGAGCAAGGGGAGCUCAGAAAGUAUGCAGAUGUUAAACUUCCUUCAAAGCUUUGCUCCUUUGGACUUACUUUCAUGGGGACGAAUGAGAUGCAUAUAAUCUUCCCCUUUUCUGCUGUACUCAAAAAGCUUGAUUUGCAGUACACUUUCCUCACCACUGAAGACCAUUGCCAGCUCAUCGCAAAAUGUCCCAACUUAUUAGUUCUUGCGGUGAGGAAUGUGAUUGGAGAUAGAGGAUUAGGGAUUGUUGCAGACACAUGCAAGAAGCUACAAAGGCUCAGGAUUGAACGAGGGGAUGAUGAACCUGGUAUGCAAGAAGAGGAAGGAGGAGUUUCUCAAGUUGGCCUAACAGCUGUAGCCGUAGGUUGCCGUGAACUGGAAAGCAUAGCUGCCUAUGUGUCUGAUAUCACAAAUGGAGCCCUGGAAUCUAUUGGAACUUUCUGCAAAAAUCUCUAUGACUUCCGCAUUGUCCUACUAGACAAACAAGAGAGGAUAACAGACUUGCCACUUGACAAUGGUGUCCGUGAGCUGCUGAGGGGUUGCACGAAGCUUCGGAGAUUUGCGCUAUACUUGAGACCAGGGGGGCUUUCAGAUGUAGGCCUUAGUUAUAUUGGACAGCACAGUGGAACUAUCCAGUACAUGCUCCUGGGAAACCUUGGGGAAACCGACGGUGGAUUAAUCAGUUUUGCAGCGGGGUGCCGGAACCUACGGAAGCUGGAAUUGAGGAGCUGUUGCUUCAGUGAGCGGGCUUUGGCUCUCGCUAUGCUACAAAUGCCUUCUCUGAGGUAUGUAUGGGUGCAGGGCUACAGAGCCUCUCAAACGGGCGGAGACCUCAUGCUGAUGGCAAGGCCCUUCUGGAACAUAGAAUUUACACCUCCCAGCACCGAGAAUGCAGGUCGGCCGAUGGAGGAGGAUGGGCAGCCUUGUAUCGAUAGACAUGCCCAGGUGCUUGCAUAUUGCUCACUUAUUGGGAAGAGGUCGGACUACCCGCAAUCUGUUGUUCCUUUGCAUCCUGCGUGAAUGUAAAUACACUAAGCCGGUAUCUUCCCGCUAUGUUCUAGCCCCUGAGUUUGUCGGGAAAUAAGGAUGUUUGUAUGUGGUUAUUGUAUGGAUUUAGAUAGCUAGCUGCUAUGUACUGGAAUAAGCGUAAGCGCAUGCUAUUUUUGCAUAGGAAGAUGUAUACUACUAUGUAACAUUGUGCAGGUGCAACUGUGACGCUUCUGUGCAUUCUCCCCGGAUUUGUAACAUUGGAAGUAUGUAACUAUAUAAGCAUGCCUGGUUUUCGCAGCCUA